GCGGUUCUUAUUAGUUCACGGUUCACGGUUGGUGGGCUGUGUUGUGUGUUGUGUGUUGUGUAGUGCGGUCAUUGAGUAAUUAUUACUUCGUAUUAUAACUUAACAUAAUUACUCAAAGAGUGUGGUACGGAGAAUUUAUAUUAGGGUAAAAUGCUGAAGCUCCUCCUAGCCCUAGUAGUGGGGGUGGUACCCCUGGCGCUGUGGUUCGUCUCCAGACCCUCGGACCCCUCCACCUUGCCCAAGCUGAACCUGCAGCAGUGGUGGGGCCCUGAGGAGUUGAAGGGCAAAGCUGAUGACAGCAUCAGGCCUUUUAAAAUAGAGUUCACUGACAAGAUGAUCGAAGACCUCAAAAAGCGUCUCGACAACUUCCGUCCCCCGCCGCCCCCGCUAGAGGGCGUGGCGCAGAGCUACGGCUUCAACAGCAAGCUGCUAGAAGACUGGAGGAGGUACUGGAGAGACCAGUACCCCUUCAAGGCUAGAGAGGCGUUCCUGAACCAGUUCCCGCAGUUCAAGACUAACAUCCAGGGGCUGGAUGUGCACUUCAUACAUGUCAAGCCUAAGGUUCCAGCAGGUGUGAAGGUUCUGCCUCUCCUAGCUCUCCACGGCUGGCCCGGCUCUGUGGUCGAAUUCUAUGAGUCCAUCCCGCUAUUAGCUCGUCAGGCUCCUGGACACGACUUCGCUUUUGAAGUCAUUGUGCCUAGUUUGCCUGGAUAUGGUUUUUCUGAUGCAGCCGUCCGACCAGGCCUCGGCUGCGCCCAGGCUGCUGUACUCUUCCGUAACCUGAUGCACCGCCUCGGUCACAAGCAGUUCUACAUGCAAGGCGGGGACAUGGGGUCCCUCAUCGGCACCAACAUGGUUACUCUGUUCCCUGAUGAGGUGCUUGGCUUCCACUCCAACAUGCUGCUCACCAGGAACGCUCGUUCGAACCUCCUGUUGUUGCUGGGAGCCCUGUACCCUCCCCUGGUGGUGCCGGCUCACCAAGCGCACAGGAUGUACCCGCUGGGCACAUUCAUCGCCAACAUGACGCUGGAGAGUGGGUACUUCCACAUGCAUGCCACCAAACCUGACACUCUCGGUGUCAGCCUCUCCGACUCCCCACUCGGUUUACUGGCCUACAUCUUCGAGAAGUUUAGCACCGGCACUAGGUUACACUUCCGCGACCGUGAAGACGGAGGCUUGUUACAGUUCUACUCCAGGGAACAGCUCCUGGACAACGUCAUGGUGUACUGGGUCAGCAACGCGAAGACUACGGCCAUGAGGAUGUAUGCUGAGACGUUUAAUAAGGCGCACACUGCUCUUAAUCUUGACAGCUACCAAACUACGGUCCCGACCUGGGCCCUCCAAGCCAUCAACGACUUUUACCACCCCCCCACCCUGCUCCGUACCAAGUUCGUGAACCUCCUGGGUCACACGGAGCUGCCUGACGGAGGACACUUCAUCGCCCUGGAGAAGCCUGAGGUCUUCAGCCAGGAUGUGUUCAAGGCAGUGAAGGAAUUUGUUAAAUACCGAGAAAGCAAGAAGAAGACUGAGCUGUAAAAAACAAAUGUGCGGAUUGUCAUUAAAAGGCUUUGUAAUGUGACUACCGAUUACAUUUAACAGGAGAAUAAAUGUGCUGAAGAAUUCUCUAUAUAGGUAUUUAUAUGGUUGUGUUUUAUGAUUUUGUAUAGAUUUCUAUAAUUAAAUAAUUUAAAUAUAAUCAGUAUUGAUUA